UGCAAUGACUUCGUACGAUUCGGAUCGUCGCGUGUGGAGUGGACCUCAGAUCGAUCCGCUGUUCGAUCCACGUCGUAGUGCCGGCGAUGUUGUGUUGGAACUACUGGAUCGCGGGCCGGAGAAACCUGUUCAGAUCGAUGGCGACAGCGGGAAGGUAUUGACCAGAGGCGAACUUCGUCUCCGGGCCGUCCGGAUUGCGCAACAUCUGAGAAAAGAUUAUGGCUGCGGGGGGAAGAACGUAGAGAUAGUGACGAUCGCGGCGCUAGGUAAUGAGAAUUUAAUUCCGCUGGUAGUGGCACUCCAGUGUUUGGCAGUGCCUUAUAAUGCACUCUUUCCAAAUUACACCGAGGACGAGAUGGCUCACAUGAUGCGACAGACACGGUCCAGGUUGAUGUUCUGCGAUGCUUGGAACUACGAAACGGUGAGGGAGGCUGCGCGGAAGGCGCUCGGUGAAGAUGUGAAGAUUUUUAUUAUGGAUGAUGCGGUGGACGGAGUGCGGUCGGUUAAGGAACUGUUGACCGAAACCGGAAUCGAAAAAGACUUCAAACCAACAACCGUAGAAGAUUCAAGUAAAUCAAUUUGGAGCAUAUUCUGCUCAUCCGGCACAACUGGACCUCCGAAAGGAAUCUGCCUGUCUCAUGCCAACAGAACGUCACCAUUUGUUCCAGAAAAUAUAACCAAUAUAAAGAUUUUGGCAACGGGUUCGAUCCACUGGAUUAGCGUUGCCUACACCUACGAUAUAGCGCUGUUCUACGACAGCGUGGUGGUUUUUACCCGAAAACCUUUCUCGGAGAAUCUCAUUUUCGAUUUGGUGGAAAAGUACAAAAUCAAUGCCAUCAACGGACCACCAAUCUACGCCAGUGCCUCGGCCAAUCAUCCACGCGCUAAAAGUGCAGAUCUUUCGUCCAUGGUGCUUUGGGGAAUCGGUGGAUAUUACGUGUCGGAUGGCGUCCGGGAUGCGGUGGAUGCCAUUCUACCAAAUGGAAAAUCCUACACGAUCUAUGCUUCGACAGAAUGCGGUCUAAUUGCAACGGAUAUGAUCAAAAGAAAACUCGGUGCAACCGGGACGGUGUCUCCAAACAUACAAAUACGGAUCGUUGACGACGAGGGAAACUCUCUCGGAAUAGGAGAACAUGGGGAACUGCUGGUGAAGCGGUUGAUUCCAUUUGCGGGCUACUUCCAGCAACCAGAGGCUACCGAAGCAGUGCUGGAUUCGGACGGUUGGUUCCGCUCCGGUGAUGUAGGAUACUUUGACGAAGAGGGAUAUUUGUACCUGGUUGAUCGGAAAAGUGAAAUUUUCAAGUACAUCGAUGCCGUGUCUCCGACACAGUUGGAAGAGCUUAUUUCACGAGUCGAUGGAGUCGAGCAGGUGUGCGUGGUGGGCGUACCGGUGGAGAACAGAAGUGCUGAGCUGCCGACUGCUGUGGUGGUUAAGGCGGCGGGAUCUGCCGUGUCCGGGGAGGAGAUAGCAGAAUAUGUGGCUAAGAAUGUACGCGAUCACAUGAAGCUGCGGGGAGGAGUGCACUUCGUAGACCAACUGCCAUUGACUAGCAAAGGGAACGUGAAGAGGAAGGAAGUGAAGAGUGUUGUUUUGAAGAUGUUGAAUAUUUGCAAUCAAUAAGACACAUUCUACCAGG